AUGGAAGCGAAAAUAGCUCCAGAGCAAGCAAAAGACAACGCUAAUCCACCAUUUUUGGACAAGAACCAUGGCCUGCACACUGUGAAGAGAUUUUCUCUCUCUAUUUCAAAGCUUAAGAUAUUUCUUGCGGCUCUGGCCUUUUCCUUCUUUGCCAAAGGAUUCUCAGGAAGCUACCUGAAGAGCAUGAUAACGCAGAUUGAGAGGAGGUUUGAAAUUUCCUCCUCCAUAGUUGGUCUCAUUGACGGAAGCUUUGAGAUAGGAAACUUAAUGGUGCUGAUCCUGGUGAGUUACCUUGGCUCAAGAGUCCAUCGUCCAAAGGUCAUUGCGAUCGGGUGCCUCAUCAUGGCCACUGGAGCGUUCACUUCAGUGGCACCUCACUUCAUAAUGGGGCCUUAUAAUUACAAAAGCGUUGCCAUUCCGGAGGGCAAUUCUUCUACGAGCAUGGCAGCCUGCUCGCCUGCAACACCUCCUUACCCUGCUGAGGAUAACAUGGAAACAUCUGGAAAUGCAACUAUUCUCGGGUGUGUAAAACAAAGAGCUUCCUACCUCUGGCUCUUUGUUCUCUUCGGGAACAUUCUACGUGGAAUCGGGGAAGCGCCCAUCAUGCCUCUGGGCCUCUCGUACAUCGAUGAUUUUGCCAGAGAAGAAAACUCCGCCUUUUAUAUAGGAGCUGUAAGAUCAUCUGGGUUGUUUGGACCAACUUUUGGAUUUCUCCUUGGAGCCUUAUGUGCUAAGAUGUGGGUUGACAUUGGAACGGUAGAUGUUGAUACGGUGAUGAUAAAUUCAAAGGAUAUCCGCUGGGUUGGAGCCUGGUGGCUCGGACUAUUGGUCUGUGGAGCGGCCAGUGUGUUGGCCGCCAUGCCUUUCUGGUUCCUGCCUCGAUCUCUGCCAAGAGAAGGAGAAGAGAAACACCAUAAGGAGAAGCCGAGCGAUGUCUUUACCAUCACCCAAGAUGGCCAAAUGGAGGUGCCAGUGCAACCACCGCUGGAAGUUUUGUCGUCAGUAAAAGGCUUCUUCCCCUCUUUGAAGGAACUCCUUAGCAAUGUCGUCUUCCUGAUCUUUUUGCUUCUCAAUGUCCUACAGUUCAAUGCUAUGGUUGGCUCAACAACUUAUGAACCCAAGUUUAUGGAACAGCAAUUUAACAUAUCUGUUUCAAGUGCCAUCUUUUUUAUUGGUGUGGUACUUCUGCCCUUUGCCAUUGUGGGUAUGUUCUUGGGAAGUCUCCUCAUCAAGAGGCUCAAGAUGGACGUCAAGGGGAUGGCAAAGUUUGCGUGCACCACCUUUGCAGUAUCCUACGCUUUAAACCUCUUCUACUUCAUGGCCGACUGCGAAGUGCUCCAGGUGGCUGGUUUGACUGUCAACUACUCCGGCAUCAAACAGCCAUCCUUCGCCGAGGAAAAAAUCUGGUCUUCCUGCAAUUCUGACUGCAACUGUGAGACUGGCCAUUGGGAUCCUGUUUGUGGAGACAACGGAAUCACCUACAUGAGCUCGUGUCUGGCAGGAUGCAAAGCUUCGCUGGGGACCGGCAAGAACACGGUAUUUCAUGACUGCAGUUGCGUGGGAGCUUCCGGGCCCAGCAAUUUCUCUGCCAUUUUGGGCCAGUGUCCAAGGGAGAAAUGCUCAAAAGAGUUCCCGUAUUUUAUGGCUCUUUUGGCCGUAAAUGUGUUGUUUUUCUGCCUGGGAGCGACACCCUUCUACAUGAUUAUGUUCAGGACAGUUUCGCCAGAGUUAAAAUCUUUCGCUGUGGGAAUCGAAACUUUGUGCGGAAGACUAUUAGGGGGACUUCCCGCGCCUAUUUACUUUGGAGCACUGAUUGACAGAACCUGCUUGAAGUGGGGUAUGAAACCCUGUGGCGAAACAGGGGCUUGCAGGGUGUAUGAUACUACAGCAUUCAGAAACAUUUAUCUCGGACUCCUGGUUUCCCUGAAAGGGAUGAUCUUCCUCCUCUAUGCUGUCCUUCUUGUUUUGAUCCUGAAGCGGGUCGGACAAGACAACGGUCUGGGAAAGGUCUCCCAAAGCACAGAAGUGCUAUCCGCAAAAGUACCAGAAACUGGUCUGGGAGAGUCUGCUUCCAUGGAAACAUCCGUACAUGAAGACACCUUCUUGUGAGAAAAGCUGCCACCUGAAAUGCUCGAUGCACCUAGGCCCCGAUCCAGAUGUUUGUACAACCUGCUCUUCUGGCACAUCUCGAUACUCCAAGGGUUGGUUGAAUCAUCGGGGGCAGCACCAGUUAUCCAUUCUGAAAGAGAAGGGAGCACGGGCCUGGCUCCCCGCCCAAACUGACAAU